UCCCACUCAGAGCAGCACUAAAGACUGAACCGACAUAGCGACAGGACGAUGAUGCUACAGCCUCUGUGGAGUUUCCUGCUGGGACACUCGUCUCUGCUGCACUCGCCUUUCUUCCCGGUGCUCUUCUCUCUGUCCGUGUAUCUGUCCUUCUGUCUGCCCUUCCUGCUGCUGGACGUCCUGUCCUCCCGCUGCUCCCUGGUGCGCAGGUUCAAGCUGCAGCCGGACAGCGCGGUGUCCUGGAGCUCGGUGCGCACCUGCCUGGCUCUGACGCUCUACAACCACGUGGUCUUCAUCUUCCCCCUCACCGUGCUGCACUGGUACCUGCGGCCGGUCCACCUGCCCCGGGACGCCCCGGGGCUGCCCAGCCUGCUGGCUCAGGUGCUGGUCUGCCUGCUCCUCUUCGACUUCCAGAGCUUCGCCUGGCACCUGUUACACCACAGAGUACCCUGGCUCUACCGCACCUUCCACAAGGUGCACCACACCUACACCUCCACCUCCGCCCUCACAGCCGAGUACUCCGGAGCCUGGGAGACCCUCAGCCUGGGCUUCUUCGCCGCCUCCAACCCCCUCCUGCUGGGCUGCCACCCCCUCACCGAGCUGGCCUUCUUCGUGGUCAACAUCUGGCUGUCGGUGGAGGACCACUGCGGCUACGACCUGCCCUGGGCCACUCACCGCCUGGUGCCCUUCGGGCUGUACGGGGGUGCUCGCCACCACGACCUCCACCACCUCAAGUCCAAGUGCAACUACGCCCCCUACUUCACCCACUGGGACCGGCUGGCUGGGACCCUGUGCACACAGGACUGAACCGAUGAGGACGAGGUUGGGGGGGGGGGGGGGGUCUGGACUCUGAAGGACUGGUGUGAUGAUGGCGGAGAAAAGUCACGGAUUCCUUUAAAGGUUCUUGGAUUCUUCCUGGAGGAGUUUCUGGACUGAUGAGAUGAACUGGUUCACCUCACAUCGUCUUUUACAUUAAAAGACUUUUACACUUUUAUACAGAAUAUUCAAAGCUAUUAUUUAUUCAGAUAUUUAUGUUUAACGUUUAGCUCCUGGCGUCGUGUCGGUUUGGACGCGUCGCUGCACUAAAGUUUAGGAGAUACCACUAGAGUGGAAGAAGGAGGGUGGGAAUGAAUGUGUGGGAUGAUGUGAGCUUUGGGCAUUAAUUUUGAACUGUUAUGAGUCGAACGCGUUGUAAAUGAGUGACAAAGAUGAUGUUUAAACAAGAGAAAAAUUUUCACAUUGAACAUAUCUACUGAAUAUUGAACUUACACAUGAGCCACAGUUUGUAAAGAGGUGUUUAUUUUAUGUGCAGUUGGUUUUAUUGUACGAAGCUGAAGAAAGGAUGGAAGGAUGCAGGAGGAAAGUGAAACGAGAGAGAGUGAACGUGUGAAGAGAUGGAGGCGUAGAUGGAGGACGAAUAUACAGAGAGUAAAAUGAAAGUGUGAAUAUUUCUAUGAGAAGGAAACGAAUGCGUCAUGACUUGGUUGGUUUGUUUGAAGUAAAAAGUAAAAUGUGACUGUGGAAUGUCAAACCUGAAUUCUCUUUUAUAUUUUCUUUUUUCUUUUUGUUUGUUUUCUAAUAUUUAUAAAUGUGAAAUCUAAUCCAAGAAUAAAACAAGUGAAGAAUAUGAACAAACUGG